UCAGGCUGGCUUUUCCUCUCUGGCCAGCCCAGUGACCUUCUUCCCUCAUGCUGACCACUCCCCGGGGCUGGCCUCCCUGCUGCUCACAAACAGCCAGACAGACAGCUUGGGAGGAGGCAGCCUGCAGGCUCUUCCUGUGGCCCACUGCUGGGUGUUGCUCCCUACUUCACAGGAGGGAAAGCACUCUUGGGAGAGCUGGACAGGUAGGUGGCCUACCCCAGCCAUGCUAACCUUGUUGUGCUGCGGCCUGCUGCUGGCGGCCCGUGAAUCUGUCACCUGGAUCUUGCCGGGCUCGGGGGAGACCAGCUCGGCCCUAGCACUGCCCAAUUCGGACCUGGCCGAGCAGAUCCGCGACAUGCACAACAAAGUGCUGGAGAUCUGGCAGGAGCUGGGACGCCGGCGGGAGGCGGAGGCCGGGUCCAUGGAGGCGAUGCACGCGGUCUGCAGGGUGCAGCCGUCUUCUUCGCUGGCCGCCGAGCAGCCGCGGGUCACCGGCUGGGUCCUCUUCCGGCAGCAGGCGCCCGGCGCCAGGCUCGAGGCCUUCUUCGACCUGGAGGGCUUCCCCGCCCAGCCCAACGGCUCCAGCCACGCCAUCCACGUGCACCAGUUCGGGGACCUUAGCCAGGGCUGCGACUCCACCGGGCCGCACUACAACCCGCUGUCCGUGCCACACCCGCAGCAUCCCGGCGACUUCGGCAACUUCGCGGUGCGUGACGGCAGCCUCUGGAAGCACCGCCCGGUCCUGGCCGCCUCGCUGGCCGGUCCGCACUCCAUCGUGGGCCGCGCCGUGGUGGUCCACGCCGGCGAGGACGACCUGGGCCGCGGCGGCAACCAGGCCAGCGUGGAGAACGGCAACGCGGGCCGCAGGCUGGCCUGCUGCGUGGUGGGCACCAGCGGCCCCGCGGCCUGGGCGCGCCAGAUGCAGGAGCACGCCGAGCGCAAGAAGCGGAGGCGCGACAGCGAGUGCAAGGCCGCUUAGCGCCACCCGCCGCAGCCCUUACCCGCCCUGCCGCCCAGACGCCUCCGUGCCGGGGACGCAUGCACAGACCCCAGACACCUCUUAGGACCCCAGACACCUGCAUGGACCUCAGACACUUACAUGGACCCCAGACACUUCUUCCAUGAACCCCAUACACCCACACGGACCCCAGACAAUACCACAUGCUCCAGAUGCCUCCACCGACCCCAGACACCCCCUUGCCCCACCAGUCUCCCUGAGUCUCAAGACACCUUAUGUAACCCAAGAAUCCCUCCAUGCCCUAGGCACUUCCUGAGACCCAGAGCUCCUUCAUGCCCCAGACACCUCCUUGUACCAGAUGUCCAUUUCAUGUCCAACACUCCACUUACCUCAAGAGCCCCUUUGGGCCCCAAGACAGUCCCACUUGCCCCUAGAGGCCCCUCUGUCUUUGAGUCUGUUUACUCCUAGAGACCCCCUCCACCUUGAGGUCUCUGUGUUGACACACUCCCCUUCCACCCUGAGGACCACCCAGUACCUUUGAGCCCCUCAGUCAAUAGCUGGGAGUCCUUUGCCACAGGUGUACUGAAAUAUCCUCUACAUCCCACUCCCUCCUGUCCUCCCUUUCAAUUCUAGUCCCCAAGUUCCCACCCACGAGCCCUGAAACCCCUCUCUAUCCUGGGAAUCCCUUCCUUUUCCCUUUUGGUCCUUCCAGGUCCUCUGAGACCCCACCUAGUGUUCCCUCUCCAGUUCACCACUGCUCCUAGUCUGUUUUCAGCUGUUUCCCGUGCACUGCCUGUACCCCAUGGAGAGCAGCUCCUUUGGGGAUGUUUGCCAAUCUAUCUUUGUGUUACACAUUAAAAGCACAGCAAUUCAGUCCUG